AUGCCCAAGAAGCUGUUGCUGCUGCCGCCGCUGUCCGCGUCCUCUGCCUUCCGGGCCCCGCGAGCCCGCCCCGCCGCCUGGCCCGCCAUGAACGCCGCGCGCACCGGCUACCGAGUCUUCUCGGCCAACUCCACGGCCGCCUGCACCGAGCUGGCCAAGCGCAUCACCGAGCGUCUUGGUGCUGAAUUAGGAAAGUCUGUUGUGUACCAGGAAACCAAUGGAGAGACAAGAGUUGAAAUAAAAGAAUCAGUGCGUGGCCAGGACAUUUUCAUCAUACAGACCAUACCCAGAGAUGUGAACACCGCGGUGAUGGAGUUACUGAUCAUGGCUUACGCGCUGAAGACUGCCUGUGCCAGGAAUAUCAUCGGGGUCAUCCCCUACUUCCCCUACAGCAAGCAGAGCAAGAUGCGGAAGAGGGGCUCCAUUGUGUGCAAGCUCCUAGCAUCCAUGCUGGCUAAAGCAGGUUUAACUCACAUUAUCACUAUGGACCUCCAUCAAAAGGAAAUCCAAGGCUUUUUCAGCUUUCCAGUGGACAACCUCCGCGCCUCCCCUUUCCUGCUUCAGUAUAUCCAGGAAGAAAUUCCAAAUUACAGAAACGCUGUCAUUGUAGCCAAGUCCCCUGAUGCCGCCAAAAGGGCUCAGUCCUACGCUGAGCGGCUGCGCCUGGGCUUGGCUGUGAUCCACGGAGAAGCCCAGUGCACAGAGCUGGACAUGGACGACGGGCGGCACUCCCCACCCAUGGUCAGGAACACCACCGUGCACCCGGGCUUGGAGCUGCCCUUGAUGAUGGCCAAGGAGAAGCCACCCAUAACCGUGGUCGGUGACGUCGGCGGCCGCAUCGCCAUCAUUGUGGAUGACAUCAUCGAUGACGUGGAGAGCUUUGUGGCUGCUGCCGAGAUCCUGAAAGAGCGAGGGGCCUACAAGAUCUACGUGAUGGCCACACACGGCAUCCUGUCAGCAGACGCGCCCCGCUUGAUUGAGGAGUCCUCCGUUGACGAGGUGGUGGUGACCAACACCGUCCCGCACGAGGUGCAGAAGCUGCAGUGCCCCAAGAUAAAGACAGUGGACAUCAGCUUGAUUCUCUCGGAAGCGAUCCGGCGGAUUCACAAUGGGGAGUCCAUGGCGUACCUGUUCCGGAACAUCACCGUGGACGACUAGGCGUCAGGGGGGCCCUGCCCUGAACCACCUGCGGAACGGGAGAAGGCAGCACCAGCAGUCCCGUGCGUGGGUUUCCUUCCAGGG